CAGACAUUUGUACCCUUUCUUAAUCAAGAAACCCUUUCUGUAAAAUCCCUUCUCUUCUUCGCUACCACAAAAUAAUCCCCCCUUUUCCCUUUUCCCGAUCCCUAUUCCUUGUGUUUUCAAAGUGAAGCCACCCAUGAUUUGAUCGUAACCCAAUUUUGGUGUAAGAAAUUCGUAGCGAUUUGCGAGAAGCUUGUGUAAUGUCGAGGCAGAGUAAUCGGGUUGUGGACGGUUUGAUCCCGGGUUACGGCAAGAUCCGGAAACGAGGCUGUUCUUCAUCACCAUCAUCAUCGUCUAAGUUGCAUAAUUACCGAUUUAAACGCGCAAUUAUGGUGGGGAAGACGCGGGUCGGAGGUGGUUCCAGAUCCAGCACGCCGGCGCCGUCGUGGAGGAUGACGCCGUCGUCUAAAUCUAAGCUUGGUGGUGUGGAAUCGCCUAAUUACGAUGGCGGCGGAGGGAGGUCGAGGCCUGUUUCAGCCAGGAAGCUGGCGGCAACACUGUGGGAGAUGAACGAGAUGCCGUCACCGCAGAAUUUGGAGACGAGGAGGAGGAGGAGGGAGAAGGAGACGACGAGGGCUAGAGAGAAAACGAACCGGCCGGUUCAUACACCUGGUUCCCUUCCUCCCCAUUUGUCUGAUCCGUCUCAUAGCCCUGUUUCUGAGCGGAUGGAUCGAUCUGGAACAGGAUCUCACCAUCGGAUUUCGUCCUCUCAGAGGGCCAGGCUUGAGGACAACAAUGGUGAAGUUUUCGAUUCUCUUAGCAAUUCUAGUUUAAUGGAGAUUGAGAUCAGAUCUCGAGCUCAGACUCCUAGCGGUUCAACGGUUGGUGUCAAGCCGCGUUUGAAAGAUGUUAGUAAUGCGCUGACAACAUCCAAAGAGCUACUAAAGAUUAUUCACAGGAUGUGGGCUCAUGAUAAUCUUCCUUCAUCAAGCAUGUCGCUUAUCUCGGCCCUGCAUACUGAGCUAGAAAGGGCCCGUCUUCAGGUCAAUCAGGUCAUCAAAGACCAACGCGUUGACCAUACCGAGGUCAAUUACCUACUCAAAUGCUUUGCCGAAGAGAAAGCAUUGUGGAAAACUAAGGAAAGGCGGGCAAUUGAGGCUGCCAUCGAGUCCAUUGCUGGUGAACUGGAGGUCGAAAGAAAAUUAAGACGCAGAUCUGAGAGCUUAAACAAAAAACUGGGGCAAGAAUUAGCAGAAACAAAGGCUUCUUUCACGAAAGCAUUGAAAGAACUUGAAAGUGAGAAAAGGGCAAGGGAGAUUAUGGAGCAAGUUUGUGAUGAAUUAGCUGUUGAUAUUGGUGAAGAUAGGGCUGAAGCAGAAGAACUGAAGAGGGAAUCGGUUAAAGUUCAUGAAGAAGUUGAAAAGGAACGAGAAAUGCUUCAGCUUGCUGAUAAGUUACGGGAAGAGAGAGUUCAGAUGAAAUUAGCCGAAGCUAAGCAUCAAUUUGAAGAGAAAAACGCUCUUGUUGACAAGCUCAGGAGUCAACUCGAAGCAUUUCUUGGAAACAAAGGAGGUGGUAAGAAGAAGGGACGGAAAGAUGAAGAUCUGAUGACGUAUAUGAAUCGAACCAAUAUUGGUGGGACGCGUAAGAACAAAGAAUACGAUGAUGGAGAAGUUGAGAAUGGUGUGGAUUGUGAAGAAGAAGAAUCAGGAGGAGAAAGUGAUCUUCAUUCGAUAGAACUAAACAUGGACAACAAUAACAAGAGUUUCAAGUGGAAUCAUGCUCAUAACUCUCAUAAAGAUUCUCAUAAAGAUUCGGUUGAUGAUGAACUAAAAUGGAGGAAUUUAGUCAAUGGGAAAGCAUCAAGAAGAAGCACAUCUUCAAUUCAGAGAAACAUUUCAGAUGGAAAUGAAUGGGGGAUUCAAGAGAACUUUGUUGAACUUGAGAAGCAAACUCCAAGAAGAAGCCAUGGGGAUGAGUUACAGAGAUAUAAGUCGGUCAAAGGCCUCAGGGAUCGGAUCUUGACCAAUUUGAAGCCACAGAUGUCAAGAGAUUUUGACAGUGUCAAUCAUGGGAGUGGAUCAAAGUCAAGAACAGGAGAAACUAGAAGUGAAACCCUCAAUGGUCGACGAUCUAAAAAGUGAUUUCAACUUCGAUCCUCCUUUGUAGGUCAACUGUUAAUGUUUUCAACCACCAUUGAUGAUUGUUAUUGCAGAACUGGGAGCUCUGAAACUGAAUUCAAGAAGAUCAAUGAGGUAAGUAAGAAGUUAACUUGUUUUGGAUUCAUGGUGUUGCAAAUUUGCAUGCUGCCAGUUCUUUUGAACUGCUAGACUUUGCAUAAGUUGCUUGACAUUCACAGAAAAACUUGCAUGAAUUUGUAUUUAUACAAGUGUUCAAAUUUUUGUAGAGCUCUGCCGAUCCAAAUAUGUACAAAAAAUUUCCGUUUAACCGUAAUUAUAUCAUGUUCUUAAAUAAUAUCAAGAA